AUGACACGGGUGAGACUUGUCGACUACUCCGAAAGCGACGGUGAAAGUGCCUGCGAAGACGACCCUGGGGAUGCGGAUGCACCAGUCGCUCUACGCCCACACCCUCCCGAGCCCCAGAGCGAAAACGAACUCGCCCAGAUCGUUAUCGAGCUGCAGCACCAGUACACGGAGGAGGUCGAAGAAGUCCAAAGACGACAGCAAGACUCCGAACGGCAGUUGAGAGUGUGGAAGACGCAGGUCGAAGAUCGGCUGCAGAUGCAGGUCAACGUCAUGGCCGCGAUCAUCAAAGUGAUGUUUGGCGUCGAUGCUGCUGACCCGGCAAUACGGGAGUAUACGCAGCGAGGGCAUGGCGGUGCGAAACCACAGGUGCCGCCAACAUCAUCGCCGACCGUUACUGGCAAAAGGGUGCCCCGGCAACUUCGUGGACCCCACGAUCGUGCGAGGAACCCCAGAAAGAGUACCGGCAGAGCUAAUCACGAAGAAGAAAUCGGAGCCGAGCAAGUAAUAGCCGUGGAGGUCACCGAAGAGCCGUGCGAGGUGGACGAGGAUCCCACUUCCGCUGCCAGGAAGAACGGCGGUCUGCAACAGCCACUUCACACCCAAGCUGUGCCUGCCAAUCCCUAUGACGAUCCCAAAUAUUUCAGUACACUAGCCGUCCUCAGCAACGACGGAACUGAACAGCCCGUAUUCAGGUUCCACAAGCAUCCUGAGACGGUGGAAGAACAGUGGGCCGAGUUCAGAUACGGCCUUCACGGUCAGCCGCCCGUCGAACGUCUGGAGGAGCUGUACAGGGCCAAGUGGCGAAACAGCACCUAUGGCCGAUCUUGGUUCACUCGCCGGAAAGCAUUCUGGGACAAGGUGAAGGACAUGAUGACCGAGGGGCGGACGGAGCAUGAGGCAUUGGGCGUGAUGAGUCGGCUGGCGGAGGGGGGAGGCAUCCCGAGUCUGAUAGCGCAACUUUGUAGGGAGCGAGGGCACGGGUCACGUCCGGACAGGCGAAUCGGCCGGUCUCGACUUCCGAGCAAAAGGAGACGGAGAGGUGAUAGCUGCGACGAAGAGGGGGCCAUCAACAGCGGGUCGGGGAGCGAUAUUGAAGCAGUCCCUGGUCGGUCGAGUCCCCCGAGGCUGCGGAAGAGAGCGAGAGCUUUGAUUUUGGCACGCAACUGGUUCUUCCUGGACAGAUUUCUCAGCGACAACGUGAACCAGAGGCUCGACGAGUACUGUGGCAGUCUCGAGUACCGAAGUCGCUUCGUGCUCGAGGUCGUCGGCUAUCAACGCAUUGGAGUCGGUCUGAGCCCCUUUUCAAAGUCAGUACAGCCGUCGCCAUGA